CUUCAUUCGCACGGACAUAUGAGAAUUAAGCAAUAUGAUACCAGUAAAGAAGCAUAAUGGUACUACUAUGCAGACAGGUUGAAGCAUAAAUAAUGUCAGGUGGAUCCGAACAUGAUGUUCUUCGUCACCAUCUUAUUCCCUCUCACUAAUCAUGGCUCCGACUGCCACUACAACAAACGGAAGCGCUCCUGCUAGCGUGAAGCCAGGAUCAAACAGAAUUCAACCUGAUCCUGAACUAAUUCAAUAUCCAACAUUCGAAUCCCGUCCAAAAACGAGGGAAGAAUUCUUCCAGCGUGCUAAACAAGUUGCCGAUUUAUUACACCAAGAUGAAGCCGUACGUGAUCGUGGAAACGUAGUACCUUAUAGACAAGUACAAUUGCUGAAAGAUGCAGGCUUGGUAACUUUACUCGGUCCUACUUCUGUCGGCGGUGGUGGCUUGCAGUGGCGUGAAGCAUAUCAUGUUAUUCGUUUAGUCGCCCAAGGUGAUGGAAGCUUGGCCCAAUUAUUGGGAUAUCAUUAUUUAUGGUUUUGGGCAUCGGCUUUAGUGGGAACGGACGAGCAACGUAAACGAAUCGAUGAAUGGAUCACAAAGAAUAACUAUUUUAUCGGAGGUGCAGUGAACCCUCGUGAUUCAGAUUUAAUCGUCACUCAGCAUCCAAGCGAUCCUUCAAAAUUGGUAUGCAACGGAAAAAAGACAUUCAGCACUGGAAGUAAGGUGAGCGAUGUUACCAUUUUGGAAGGUACUCUUGCUGGUCCAGAUGGAAUAGUUGCUCCUGAUGCACCUCAUAUCUUUGCGCCCGUUUUAAGCAAACAGGCUGGCAUUGUGUAUGGUGAUGAAUGGGUUGAUGUUUUGGGAAUGCGUGGAACUCAAUCAGGAGGAGUGACAAUAUCUCACGUUGAAGCACCUUGGUCAGAUGCUUUAGGCUUCAAUGAAAAGCAUGAAUUCGUUCCUUUGGGCCCAUACAAUACCCUUAACCUUCCUACCAUUCAACUGGUGUUCACUUCUUUCUACCUGGGUAUCACCCAAGGCGCUCUUUCCCGUGGCUUGGUAUACACAAAAGCAAACACACGUGCAUGGCCAUUUGCAGGUGAGCCCGUUCAACGUGGAACUGAUGAAUUUUAUAUUCAAGAAGGUUAUGGUACCUUACAAGCCCGCUUAUGGGCAAGUGAAGCACAAAUUGAAAAAGUGAUCGAAGAAGCAAGUUCGAUUUUACACGUAAAGGAUCGUACGACAAUUACUGCUGAACAACGAGCAAAUUUUGCCGUUCAUGUUGCUGCAUCAAAAGUUGUGAUUGCUGACGUUGGUUUGGAUAUCACUAAUCGUGUAUUUGAGCUACAAGGUGCAAGAAGUAUUGCUGCCAAAUAUGGUUAUGAUGUUGCUUAUCGGGAUCUUCGUACGCAUACUUUGCAUGACCCAAUUGCUCAUAAACGUGCAGAAGUGGGACGAUUUGCUCUUUUGGGUCCCAAAGAAGACGGUUGGCCAACCCCAACUUGGUAUACUUAGAUACAUUCUGUCGUGAUAAGCCACAAUGUAGACAUAAGUUAUCAUCUAAUACAAUUAAUGAAUGAUGCAU